AUGCGAAAUUUCACAAUUAUUAUUCUCUUAUUAUUAUUUAUUCAAAUAUUUGCUGCGCCUUUAAAACCUGAACCAGAACAGAAUGAAUUUGUUAGUUUUCUGAAAACUGCUGGCAAUAAAAUCAAGGAUUUUUUCGAGAAUUUUGAUAAAGUUUUAGUGAGUUUUGAAAUAAUUAUCGAGAUUUUGAGCUACUAAAAAUCGAAUUUUCAGGAAGUCGAUGAGUUAUUGGAGACUGCAGAAGGUCGUGAAGAACUUGUAGAUAAAGCCAUUGCUCAGGUUCAAUCCGAAUUUUUAACUAGAAAAAAAUAA